UUUCUUCCUCAGCCCUUCAGCCGCCAGUUACCUCCAGGGCAAGCAUCCCGGAAUGAUGCCAGCUCACUACCUCCAAUGUGGUUGUUGAAAAGGAGAGCACAGUGUACAGCUAGGCUGAUCCUGAAUACACAGAGAAAUUAAAUGAGGAUAGAAAACCGAAAUUUUCUCCACACAAUUUUUGACCUGUGGUGGCAGUUGUGGAAGAAGAUUCAUUCGUCUGUCUAGUAAAUUCUGAUGAGUUCUCUGGUUGAAAAAAAGAGCUGACAGGCACCAGACAGUAUGAGACCAAGUGUGUGAUCAUACAGAGAAAGUGCAAAGGGCUGACAUUAAUUAGAGGAAGAAAAGUUUGGAAAGUUUAGAAAGUUUUAAGGAGGAUAAUUUGUGAAGAUAUUCUCAGAGUUUCAAAGAAGAUGAUGCUAAAAUGAUGAAGAGUGGCGUUGGAAAUAAACGUUCUGCUAUUAUGGUCUUGGAGAAUAACAAGACACAUGUAGAUGGUACAAUAAAUGGGUUUGAAAAUGUAGAAUGGGAUUUUGAAGAGGAUGAUGAAGAACUAUCUCUGGCUGCGGCUUCGGCAGAGAAUCAACAAAUAUGUGACAAAAAGAACACAUGUUCUGACUUGGAUGGCCACAGUGUCUGUGUAGCUACCCACUUGUCUUCACGACCUCCCCUGUCUUUGCCUACACUGGGUUUGUUGACGAGUAAACGAAAAAAGUUUGUGUACCCAAAACCAGAAAAAGAAGUUGAAUCUGAGCUGCAACUAGUUCUAUCUAAACUGGUAGGCACACCAAUGUCUUCCAAAUUGUCAGUUCUUCAAUCUGCAGUACAACAUACCGCAGAUAAAAAUUCAACAAGGCUAUUGCAAAUGCCCACUUCAUCGAAGUCUUUAAACUAUCAGUCUCUAGUAGAGCAGCCAUCAAUGAAAAAGACUUUGGUCACCCCAGGUGCUCAUUUGUUCCCCCAUACAAGGAGAAAUCAAAGCCUUUCAUCAGACAUCCCUAGAACUGGAGGAGUACCAGCUUCUCAUGUUGAGUCAGCUCGAGUCGUGACGACCCAAGGUUUAGACAGUGACCGCCAGUACUCUGCUUUACAUAACCAUCAAAAUCAUAGAGCAGUCAGUCCCAAGAAUCCCUCAGGUCAACCUGCAGUUACAAGAAAAGGAAGGAAAUGUCUCCUUGGAUUUCCCAGGUUUUCAGAUUUCUUUCGUGAUGAGACGACGGAGGAAAAGCCACUGGAGACAAAGGCAGCUGCAGCAAAUGUCCUUCCGGCUCAAGAAAUGUUCAAAGGGAGAGAGGACAAUACCCUUUGUUCUGUGGAGAGAAGACAAUUGAAUGCAGAAUCAAUGACUGUGCAGAAUGUUGGAAUCCAGACAGCUGGUAGCAGUGCCUUUUCUCUGAGGGCAACGGCUCCAAAGAAAACUCAGCCCUCUGAGCCUGUGAGAGAUGAGACAGUGAAAGGUGAAGAGGGAGGUAAAGUCCCUCGAAAAGGAGUUGUUCUGGGCAGCACUUGUUUGACAAGGAGACCUUUAUUCACCAGUAUGGUAAAGCCGCGAAAAGAAACAAAGCUAGUGAAUGAUUCCCGCACUAACAAUGUUAAUAGCAAAUUUGACCAAAAUUACAAAGGUUUCAGACCUUUUAAACCCCCAAAACUUCCUAAAACUGUUGCAAUAUCCAACAAUCAGGUGGAUAGUGACUUGUGUCAGUCUAGUAGUACAAAGCAGACAAACAUUGGUGCCAAAAUUGUAGCUCUAGAUAAAAUGCUAAAACAAUGUGAUGAUUUGACGGACAGAAGAUCACAGUUGGAAGUUUCAGAAACAAAGCCAAUGUCUGGUGAUCAGGAAAUUAAAAUUUCUGCUGAAGCAUUGCCACUUGCCAAAUCUUUGUUGACUGAAGAUCAAAAUAACGCUCAAAAGAGCGAUGAGAUGCUUCAAAGUGCAUCAGAUUUUUCGUUGCCUAUGAACGAUUCUGGACCUGUUAAUAACGAAUGUCUCACUGGUUUCACAAAAUGUGGAGAUCCUCCUUCAUUAGAAGUACAGAAAACAAUACUGCCAAGUUUCACGACUGCAUCUGGGAUUUCUGCUCUAGCGUCGGCCGAAGUUAUGACUGACAGCAAGUCUAUGUGGACAGAUGGACAGCAGGGACAAAUACAGAUUUUUUAAAGGGAAAUUAGGGUCAGGUUUCACAACUGCUGCCGGGAAAGGGAUCAUUGUUUCAUCAGAAGCAACGACUCGGGCUAAGGUUUUCUUUGCUGAGGAUUUUAAAAAAAUUGGUAGAUCAACUGGAGGACAGAUAAAGCUAUUGAAAGACGAAGCCAUUUUUUCCAGAUUCAUCUCUGCUUCCAAGAAAAGUGUUCAGGCUUCAGAAGAAGCUAAAUCUUUGGGGAUUGAGGAUCAAAGUGAGAUUCCUCAGGCUGUAGGCCUACCGGAUCAUUCAGAAUCUAUAAAAGGUUCCAAACCUGACCAGAAGGAAACUUUGGUUAAUGUCACAAAGUGUUCACACCACCAAGGUGAAGAGCCCAAACCAAAACCUGUGUCAGGCUUCGUGGCGGCACCAGGCACAUACCUACAAGUAUCGGAGGACGCAAUGACUGGGGCCCAGUCACUCUGGAAAGACACUCACAAAGCUCACAGUGGUGAAAAUGAUGAAGUGUUUCAGUGGGAAUCAAAGUUCUCAGUGAAUGCGUCAAGAUCUGCUUCUGAAGACAUGUUUGCUGAAUUUACUAGUGCCGAUGGGGCUGCUGUGAAAGGUACAAGUUUUCAAAAUGAAGGCAACAUUGAUGCUGAACGAAGAAUUGAGAGCUUGAAACCACCCAAAGCUGACACCAACACUGUACAAGCUGCACACGAAGAAGAACAUCAUUGCAAAAGGAGACGACUUCAGCCUGUUUUGAGCGGGGAAAGUCCUGAAGCAAGUGAAAGGAAUCCCCUUGCCUCAAAGUCUGAGAGUACAGAUGUUGAAGACAGAAAGGAAAAGACAGCAUCCACAUUCAAACCGCGGAACGUCAGUGCAGCUCACAACCUCAACUCAGCAUCUACUUUGAAAAGUCCUCAUUUUCAAUCAGCUUGGACAUGUGGAUCUUCUUCAAGAUUCCUCUCUCCAGGAUCUGGACAAAGCCUCCCCGCACACAACUUGAGCACUUCGUGGAAGACUUACCCUGACAGAGGUGGAGGAGGUACAUCAAGUACUGGCCAGAUGAACUCUGUUGUUGCAGCCAGGGAAUCUCUGUCUGAACAGAGCAGCACAAUGCCCAGUGGUGCUGAUGACUGCCUGUUUGACAUGGAUGAUGAAGAGGAGAAUCGUUCACUUUGUGAACUGACAGACAGUUUGGUUGAAGAACUGAACAAGACAGACCCAAGUAAAGUUGUGGCUCUUGACUGUGAGACAUCAUCUAGUUGUAAAUUACAAACCAAUGACUCAAAGUGGGUGGAACAUGAGGGGAGAGCAAAGUCUGGCCUUGUGAGGGAAGAGAAAAAAGCUGAUGCAGAGAUGUCGGCUGGUUGUACUACUUCCUCUAUAGGGGCAGCUCCAAGUGACAAGACUGGGUUGCCUGCUCAAGCUCGCAAAAGGCCGAAGAAAUUGUCCAGGUUAAGUCUAAGGAAAAACAUUCAGCUUCCUCAGAGAGAUCAUUGACUGGGAAUAUGCUCAAAGGAUGGAAGCUCAAGGUCUCUCCAGGAGUCUGUGUGGAAUCCCUGUGUGAACUGAGAUAGAAAAUAGGAUGUGUCUUUUUGUGCUUUCAAUUUUUGAGAAAAGCGUCUCUCUC